AUGUCUUUACAAACACUGAUCCCAAAGUUCGAGUUUGAGCAAGUCCUGGAUUCAAACCCUCAAACUAAAACAAUGGCACUAUUGGGGAAAAUUGAAUCAAAACCUGCAAUUAUAACUGUUGAAAAGACAAAUUUCACAUUUGAUGAAAGCUUAGAAGGUGUUUUACCACAAGGUAGAAAAUGUGAUAGUGAAUUUUCUUGUAUCAAUGCAAUUGACAAGAUUAGCACUAUAACUGAAAAUGAUAUUUAUCACUGGGGGUUAUGUACAUUACAACAAGAUAUUGAAAAAAAUCCAACAGCUAAAUUGAACUUGAUUUGGCCUGCUACUGAAGUUCAUAUUAGAAAAUAUACUCAACAACAAUUCCAUUUAGUUGAAGAGACUCCUGAAGUUUAUGAAAAAUAUGUUGUUCCUUAUAUUGAAACAAUGGUUGGUGAUAGAAUCAAAUGGGUAAGAAACAUCUUACAUGAAGGCGCAGAGGCUGAUAGAGUUGUCUACAACGAUUUAGAUAAAGAAAAUGGGUUCAUUUUGUUACCAGAUAUGAAAUGGGAUGGAUUGAACCUUGAUGCCCUAUAUUUAGUUGCUAUUGUGUAUCGUGAAGAUAUUAGAUCAUUAAGAGAUUUGAAUCCUUCACGUCAACAAUGGCUAAAAGAUGUUUCAUUGAAAAUCAGAAAAGCUGUCUCUUCAAGUUAUAAUCAUCAAAUUUUACCAGAUGAAUUGCGUCUUUUCAUUCAUUAUCAACCAUCUUAUUACCAUUUCCAUAUCCAUGUUGUCAAUAUCACACAUCAAGGUUUAGGAGAUGGUAUUGCAGCAGGUAAAGCUAUAUUAGUGGAAGAUGUCAUUGAACAAUUGAACUAUUUGGGACCAAAGGGAUUCAAAAAUAAGACUAUUUCUUAUGCGAUUGGAGAGAACCAUGAUCUUUGGAAGAAUGGUUUGAAAGAAGUUCAAAAUAAAAGAUUAAAAGAACUGGGUCUACCAACUGAACUUCCAGCUGGUGAAUUUGAAUAA